AUGCUCAAUAUUGUCUUCAUCGUGCUCAUGACAUUGUCUACCAUCGUUCGAAUAGCGAGCAAAUCCAUCGCCGAACACCCACAGUGGUGGUGGGAUGAUCAUUUCGCCAUCCUCUCUCUGCUGUCCGAAGUGCCUUACCUAUCCCUCAUAAUCCUAUGGCUCAGAAUCGGCCUCCGUUACUACCCCAGCGUCGGGUUUCCGUACCUCUUCACGUCUUUGUUCUUCUUCAACGGGGCUAUCUGCUUCACUAAACUGUCCGCCAUUCUCUUCUACGCCCGCGUUUUCGGCCUGAAUAAUCGCGUCUUCCGGAUUCUCCUGUGGGUCGCGGGCUCUCUCAUCGCGGGCUGGCUUGUAUCCGUCUGGAUAAGUACAGUGUUCCAGUGUCGACCGAUUGCAAAAGCAUGGGAUCCCACGCUGCCGGGCACCUGUUUUCAGCUCUACCCCUGGUACGUAUCGACAGCGAGCCUCUCUUGCCUGAUAGACCUCUAUGUUCUCCUCCUCCCAGUCCCGCUUAUCAUCUGCCUCAAAAGAAGUUUCCGUCGCCGCCUUGUCGUCCUCAUUACCUUCUUCAUGGCCUACUCGGUUGUCGUGAUGUCUAUCAUACGUCUCGUCGUGAUAGCCCAAGGCGAUCCGUGUGGAUCCGCCAAGUUAAUCUGUGCAACGAUGGAGUACGCUCACUGGGCUGUCCUCGAAAGUGCUAUCUCCGUUAUCUCGAUCAAUGUACCGAGCGGCAUUGCACUUGAUCCCCAGCAACUCACCCCGACCAAUCCAUAG